AUGUUUGCCACCGACUCCGUUCCCACUUCCGACGCCGUCGUCCAAGUGGAAGUGCGCCGUCUUGUGGCCGAGGCGCUCAAGACACUCGAGGUCGAGCCGCUGUUUCCACUGACGUAUCUCCAAGGGGAGCUAUGCAGCCGCGUGCCUCUCGGCAUGACACUGGCGACAUUUACAGCGCAAGUGAAGGACGGCAUGCUUGCAGCAGACCAUCGCUUGCGAUUCAACGACGGCUUGGCGUCGUUUUGGUUGCGGUACGUCCCAACGCCAGGUGCUGGCGGCGUCCAAGAGAGCCCAGAGCCCGCGAAACUAGCGGUGGACGUGCCAUCCGACCAAGACCCCACCGCGGCGAGUGUGAUGGACGUGGAAGUGUCCAAGUUUACGUCGAAUGCCAUCCGAUGGAUCACGGCAAACGGCACUCCGUACCACGUAGCCGAUAUUGUGGGCAAAACCAAGUCGAGUCCACUCCCGGGGGUCACACCCGCGAUGUUUGCCGAACGCAUCGUGCAGCGCAUGAAGCAAGACUCGCGGCUCAAGUACGCCGUCGACGCCAGAGACCGACGGGUGUUUAUGUUGAGAAAGAACCCCUCCAAUGCUGUCAGCAGUCCGCCCACAACUUGUCCACUGGACAAACUGCACGAUCUUGAAGCGCUCUGGGCACGACUGCUUGACGGACCUAGCACUACGAACCGGACGGCGACCCCCACGAACCACAGCCACAGCGCCACCCAUCCCGGUGACGCCCUGGUGCGGAUGUUUGUGGCAACUUUCAAGUCCAAGAUCCUCUAUCAGUUGCAACAAAAGAAGUUUCGACACUAUUGGGUCGACGUGAUCGCGCAUCAAACCCGCCGAGUUGUCUGUCCGUACGGCAUGACGCACGACCAGCUUGUGAAUCGCAUUGUGCAAGGGGUGAUUGCGCACAAAGAGCUGCAGCUGGAGGUGGACCACCGCGGCAAGCUGCUCAUCAGUCUAGUUGGGUGUCCAUACGGAGAUGGAGCCAAACCGAGAUUUGCAUCAACUGCGGCAGGCAGUCAGACGUUGUCCAUUGGGACCGCCGUCGCAACUCGCUGUCGGGCAGAAGACUUGACGCCGACCUUGUCGGCGAAGUUGGAGCCCAACACACCAGCACUGCCAGGAACACCAACGCCGCAGACAGCCCAGUUGGUGGCAGCCACUCCAACGAGUCCCAUUACGGUCAGUCGCAUCGACACUGUGUUCACAGCCGAAGAAUUGGGACAAGCACUUAAAGGCGACCGAGCCUUUCAUGACGGUACGAUUGCCAUGCACGUUGUCGACGUCAAACUCGAUGGCGAGUCAGAGCCGCGGCACCUGGUGGCGCUGGCCACCCCCUCCACCACGUACACCAUGGACUGCGACUCCGUUGGCGCCGCGAACGUGCUCGCGUUGCUUGGGCCAGUGUUGGCCAACCCUGCCAUCAAGAAAAUAUCCUUCGACUUGCACCAGAGCAUUCCCGUCCUGAACAAAUUCGAUCUCCACGUCCAAGGCAUGUUCGACAUGCAGCUGUACAUGGAGCUCCAAACCGGGAACUUUGACAUGGACAUGGACACGUUUAUGAAGACUUUGCCAGUCCGUGCGCAUUCGCCACAGACUUUAGAGCUGCGUCCCGAGGUGUUUGGCCAUCAACCCCAUGUCCGCCACGUUUUGGAACGUCUUGCAAACGACGCGGCCCUCCUCUUGCGUGGGUACACGCUGACCAUUGACGACAAGGGAGCUGCGUGGGUGUCGGUGCAAGCUGCGUCGGACGCUCGCGUGAUUUCGGCCGUUGAAUUGUGUGGCCAACGAGAGCUGGUGUACUACAAGGCCAGAAGCCUCCGGCUCGUUUCCCUCGAGCUCUUGGCCACCGUGGACCCGUGUAAGAUUCACCAACUAUCUGAGCACUGUACGCGCGUUGGCCGAUCCCUCCACGGGCUCGCCGACGGCUUGCUCGAUAUUUUGCUGUCGUCGGAUGCAAACGUUCUCGUGUUGGGCGAGCCUCGGUGCGGCAAGACGACCAUGUUGCAAGACGUAGCGCGAGUGUUGUCAGAGACACGCACACUUCGCAUCGUGUCGACGAAGAACGACUUUGCAGGCGAUGACGAUGCAUUGCAACCAUUCGUGAUGGCGUGCGGGGCCACCGACGCGGUCGACUUGGUCCAAGUGGUGUCAAGUCACACCCCUCAAGUGUUGAUCGUGGACGAACUGUGCGAGUCGAGCUAUGUCGACGGAGCGCGAGCAUGCAAGCAGCACUGGGUGCGGUUGAUUGCGUCUGCCCCUGGCAACCUUCGUGACGUGGUCGAAUCGAAACAACUGCAAGGCCUGGUUGGCGUCGAGCCAGGGAUGGCAGGCGAGCCGCCCUUGCAUGGCGGCGAAGGAGCGACGGCGCUCCAUCGACGGAGCAUGCCAGUGUUCGACGUGAUUGUCGAGCUGCAACAAGGCCAGUUGAAUGCGUGGGGCGUUGUCCACGACGUUGCCGCGGCCGUGGACGACAUUGUCAAGGGCAAACUGUACAAGACGGCCGUGCGGUCCAAGAAGGGCCAUGGUCUCACGGCGCGCCGCGCCAUGCGUUGAUCGCUGCAGCGAAGGGGAACGAUGCCUUUGAAAUUGGCUCGAGCGAUGCAUAGUAUAUGAGAGAGCAUAAGUGCAGUCACACUCGUACAUCCUGCACAUUGGUGAACCCUUGUUAUUACACGACAUAAUUCGCGUUGGUCUUGUAUUGUGUCUACCGAUAGAGAAUCCGAGAUGUCGGGGGUAUGAAAGAUGAGCGUUGGACGUUUAGUCCGUUGCAUUUGGAACGUGGGAACGCCGUCACACGCUGGUGACAGCAGCUGUAUGCAUCUCUGCGAGUGGCGGGAG